GGGCAUGUAGGACAGGAAUUGGAUGUCAACACGGCUUUCUUUCUCCUCGAUGUAUAUAAGUACACAGACCUCCCUUCCUGUCCUUGGAUUUUCCUGCUUCCUAGACAAGCACGAUUAGACGACCCACUAGACACAUAGAUAGAACGAUAGACCUCUCUACAAUGGCUCCGAUCGCUUCCUCAAGUCACUCCAAUCUCGUUGGUCUCUCUCAGGGUCUCUCCCUCUCCGAUUCAGCCCCUCAAAUCAACGACAGCCCCUCUUUCCAUCCCCCGGUCCGCUCCAUCUGCUGCAUUGGCGCAGGCUACGUUGGUGGUCCCACUUGCACCCUCCUGGCCGCCCGCUGCCCACACAUCCAAGUAACCAUUGUCGAUGUCAACCCUUCCAGAAUCGCGGCCUGGAACUCCCCUCCUGACCCUCUCACAGGCGAACUGACGGGUUUGCCUGUGUUUGAGCCUGGAUUGGGAGAGGUGGUCAAGGCUUGUAGGGGCAGAAAUCUGUGGUUCAGCACGGAGAUUGAUGAGGCUAUCAGAGCGGCCGACUUGAUCUUUGUUAGUGUCAAUACGCCGACCAAGAAGAGCGGGAUUGGUGCGGGGUACGCUGCUGAUCUACACUACGUCGAGUCAUCCACGCGUCGAAUCGCGAGUGUUGCCACCUCAUCCAAGAUAAUCGUUGAAAAAUCAACCGUGCCCUGUCGUACCGCUUCUUCCAUGCGUACCAUCCUCGAAGCCAACUCCCGCCCGGGAAUUCACUUCGACAUUCUCUCCAACCCCGAAUUCCUCGCAGAGGGAACAGCCAUGCGCGACUUGCAGAACCCAGACCGGGUAUUGAUCGGAUGUCUGGAUACGCCUUCGGGAAGGGAAGCAGCAGAUCGGCUUGGUGAAGUGUACGAGAAUUGGGUCGCUCCAGAGAGGAUCUACACUACUGGUCUUUGGUCCUCGGAGCUGAGCAAGCUGGCCGCAAAUGCACUCCUCGCGCAGCGCAUCUCGAGCAUCAACUCGCUCGCCGCCAUCUGCGAAAGCACCGGCGCGAACAUUGGUGAAGUUGCUCAUGCUUGUGGGCUGGACAAGCGCAUUGGACCGAAUUUCCUUCGAGCCACAUGCGGGUUUGGUGGGUCGUGCUUCUCAAAGGACUUGCUCAAUCUGGUCUAUCUGAGCGAGUCGUUGGGUCUGCACCCGGUAGCUGAAUACUGGCGCGGAGUGCUAGCGAUGAACGACUGGUCCAAAGCUCGCUUCGCGCAAAAGGUCGUCUCGACGAUGUUCAACACCAUCACCUCAAAGCGCGUCGCUGUGCUAGGCUUCGCCUUCAAGAAAGACACGGGCGACACGCGCGAGUCACCCGCCAUUACGCUCUGCCGCACUUUCCUCGAGGAUAAUGCCCUGCUGAGCAUCUACGACCCGAAAGUCCCGCACGAGCAGAUCUGGCGGGAUCUAGUCAACGACCCUUCGCGUCCAUCGCCCUCGCCCUACCCUGGCUCAGGGGGAGUCCUCCUCGACUCCUCCCUGGACGCAUCCAUCGCCUCGCUCAAAUCCUCCAGCCGAGUGACCUUAGCCAGCUCAGCACUCGAGGCCUGCCGCGACGCAGAGGCAGUCGUCAUCACUACACCCUGGGACCAGUUCCGUACCCUUGACUGGCAAGCCGUGUUCAGUCAGAUGCAGAAGCCGGCAUUUGUGUUUGAUGGACAUAGUGGAUUUCUGGACGUGGCGAGGCUGGAGAAGAUUGGGUUCAAGGUGCAGGCGGUUGGGAGGGGACCAGAGAAGAUGGACGCUUGGCUGUGAGAGAUUGCCGCUAGUUCGCUCUUCGCUCUCC